GCGGGAAGCUUCGGGGGCGCGCUCGCGGCAUCCCCGUAACCGCAUGUGCGAACGUCGGACUGGCGAGGGGCGGCGGUGUCCACAGGCAGCCCUGGCUGCGGUGGGGCCGAGGCCCGAGCGGCCGUAUGGCCCGGGGCCGGCUUCCUCAGCGGCCCGCUGGCCUCCAGGCUCGACCCCGCCGGCCCGGGUCCGCCCCGGCGCCCCACCUCUCGGCCUUGCGGCGGACGCUCAGCGGACCCGCGAAGCCAGAUAUGGCCUCCCGCAGCGCACUGUCCGGGCCAGCCAGUUGCCAAAACAAAGGGGAUUUGGCGAUGGAGGCUUUGUUGGAAGGAAUACAAAAUCGAGGACAUGAUGGGGGAUUUUUGACAUCCUGUGAAGCAGAACUACAGGAGCUCAUGAAACAGAUUGACAUAAUGGUAGCUCAUAAAAAAUCUGAGUGGGAAGGACAGACACAUGCUCUAGAAACUUGCUUGGACAUCCGUGAACGGGAACUUAAGGCUCUCAGGAGUCAGGUGGAUAUGAAACACAAAGAGGUUGGAAUGUUGCGUCAGCAGGUUGAAGAACAUGAAAAAGUCAAGCAAGAGAUGGCCAUGGAGUAUAAGCUGGAGUUAAAGAAACUACAUGAAGAAUUAGGCAGACUGAAGAGAAGCUAUGAAAAGCUACAGAGAAAACAUGUAAGAGACUUCAGAGGAAAUGCCAAAAAUCACAGGGAAGAUCGGUCUGAAAUUGAGAGGUUAACUGGAAAAAUAGAGGAAUUUCGUCAGAAAUCACUGGACUGGGAGAAGCAGCGCUUGAUUUAUCAGCAACAGGUAUCUUCUCUGGAGGCACAAAGGAAGGCUCUGGCUGAACAAUCAGAGAUAAUUCAGGCUCAGCUUGCCAAUCGGAAACAAAAAUUAGAGUCUGUGGAGCUGUCCAGCCAGUCAGAAAUUCAGCACCUGAGCAGUAAGCUGGAGCGGGCCAAUGACACCAUCUGUGCCAAUGAGUUGGAAAUAGAGCGCCUCACCAUGAGGGUCAAUGACUUGGUUGGAACCAAUAUGACUAUUAUGCAAGACCAGCAGCAAAAAGAAGAAAAAUUGAGGGAAUCUGAAAAACUGUUAGAGGUUCUGCAAGAAGAAAAGAGAGAAUUGAAGGCAGCUCUUCAGACUCAAGAAAAUUUCAUGCAUGAGACAAGAAUACAAAAGGAGAAACUACAAGCAAAAUUAAAGGCAACUGACACUCAACACACAGUAGAGACCAUAAGGUCACUGGAGGAGUCUCAGGCAGAAAGGAGGUAUGCCUCUCAAGGGCAGGGAGACUUAGAGAAUGUGCUCUCCCGACUGGAUUUUACCCACACUAGUGAAGAACUUCUGCAGGCAGAAGUGACUCGUCUGGAAGGCAGCUUGGAAUCUGUGAGUACAACUUGUAAACAGCUGAGCCAAGAGCUAAUGGAAAAAUAUGAAGAAUUGAAGAAGAUGGAAGUGCAUAACAAUGAGUACAGGGCCGAGAUUAAGAAGUUGAAAGAACAGAUUUUGCAGGCUGAACAGAGUUACAGUUCUGUACUAGACGGAAUGAAGAUGGAGAUCUCCCAGCUAACUCGAGAGUUACAUCAGCGAGAUAUCACUAUUGCUUCCACCAAAAGUUCUUCCUCUGACAUGGAGAAGCAACUCAAAGCAGAGAUACAAAAAGCAGAAGAAAAAGCAGUAGAGCACAAGGAGAUUUUGGCUCAGUUGGAGUCACUCAAGUUAGAAAAUCAUCGUCUUUCUGAAAUGGUGAUGAAAUUGGAAUUGGGUUUACAUGAGGCAAAAGAGGUUUCACUAGCAGACCUCCAGGAGAAUUAUAUUGAGGCAUUAAAUAAAUUAGUGUCUGAAAAUCAACAACUACAGAAAGAUUUGAUGGAUACCAAAGCUCAGCUGGAGAUUUCUACUCAGAUUUGCAAAAAAAACCAUGACAGGAUCACACACAGCAGAGUACCUGAGUUCAAGAACACGGAGUUCAAGCCAACCAGUGGCCAGCGCAAGCAUGACGGGAUGAAGGCUGAGCACUACAAAGCAGGUCUUCAUUCUACGCAAGGACAAACGUCGGAUAGCAUAGAGCCUGUGUCCAGGGGCCUCAGCCCCCCGAGUCAUCAGAUCAGCCCUUGCUGCUCCACCAGCUCUCUGCCUUCUAACUUUCUGUGCAAAACUCACUCUCUGCCUUCAGUGCUAGAUACAGAUGAAACCAAUUUUUCUGACACUGUCUCUGAAAGUAUAAAUGACCAGGAAGACUUUCUAUCUUCGUGUCCCUUGCCUCUGUCUCCUCUUGGUUCAAUAGCCACAAGAUUUUUGAAAGAGGAGGAACUGAGGUCUCAUCACAUUCUAGAGCGCCUGGAUGCCCACAUUGAAGAACUUAAAAGAGAGAGUGAAAAGACAGUGAAACAAUUCACAGCCCUAAAGUAGCCUCUUAAAAACUCACAAACUUGGAAAUAAAAAUAAACACCGAAGAGUUACUGUCAUCCUGAAGUAGCGGCUCUUUGAAAGGCUGAACAUAUAGAAACCAUAAAAAUGAGAUGUACUAAUAAAGCUGCCAUGAGGAGUCUGAGAAACUGAUGUUAGCUCUAAGGUGUUUUCACUGCACUGGUUUGUUUGAAGGACUUUUUCCAGCAAUAACUUGUAAAUAAACCACUUUGCUAGA